CUAGAUCGCUGACAUAAGCUUGCAGCGCGUCAGACACUUUCCCAAUUGGGCAUAUUACAUACAGAGAAAAUUACAAAACUGUCGGAAUGAUCCCUGAAAAUAACAUUUAUUUUUUAACCUCCCAGUAAUUAAAAUUUUUCCAUAUAAAAGUGUCAACAAUUCCUGUCUUUCACCCUAAAACCCUCCAUCAGUUGAUCUUUAAGUGUUAUCGCAGCGUUUAUUCCGUGUUUAGUUAUCCAACUAUAGUCUUUCAUUACUCCUCCACCCGGAACCUACUUUUUUCAUUCCUUUAAAGCAAACCUUAACUACAACAACACGUUUCAUUCAUUUACUAUGAGAACUUCUUUCCUUACUUUAUUGGCUAUGGCCACUCUUUCCAUUGCUGCUCCAUUACAAGGUCACAAACAUCAUCAACAUGAUAAAAGAGCAAUUGUCACUAAAGUUGUUUAUGUUGACAUUUACGGUAAUCCAAUUAAUGGUCCAACUUCUUCAGCUGCUUCUAUUGAAACUACUUCUAUUGUUAACCCAUCUCCAGCUCAACCAAUUUCUACUUCUACUGGUACUAAUGCUGCUCCAGUUGCUUCUGCUUCUGCUUCUGCUUCUGGUGCUGCUGCUUCUGGUUCCAGUUCUUCUGGUAACGGUGGUAUUAAUGGUGAUUUAAGUCCAUUCUCUAACCCUUCUGUUCCUUUUGAAGACGGUAAAUACUCCUGUGACUCUGUUCCAGUUGGUCAAGGUGUUAUUGCUGUUGACUGGAUUGCUGGAUUAAACGGUGGUUGGACUACUAUUAUGAACGAAAAUGGUGAUACUUCAUCUACUUGUCAAGAUGGUUACUACUGUUCUUAUGCUUGUCAAGCCGGUAUGUCCAAGACUCAAUGGCCAUCUGCUCAACCAGCUGAUGGUGUUUCUGUUGGUGGUUUAACUUGUAAGAAUGGUUUAUUAUACAGAUCUAACACUGACUCUCAAUACUUAUGUGAAUGGGGUGCUCAAACUGCUGAAUUUGUUUCUGAAAUCGGUAAAGAUGUUGCUAUCUGUAGAACUGAUUACCCAGGUUCUGAAAACAUGAACAUUCCAACCUUAUUAACUGCUGGUGGUAAUGCUCCAGUCUCUGUUGUUGACUCUGAUACUUAUUACACUUGGAGAGGAGGUAAGACUUCUACUCAAUACUAUGUUAACAAUGCUGGUGUUUCUGUUGAAAAUGGAUGUAUCUGGGGAACUGCUGGAUCUGGUGUUGGUAAUUGGGCUCCUGUUGUUUUAGGUGCUGGUACUACUGGUGGUAAUACUUACUUAUCAUUAAUUCCAAACCCAAACAAUCAAACUCCUCCAAACUAUAACAUUAAGAUUGUUGGAACUUCUGGAUCUACUGUUAAUGGUCAAUGUUCUUAUGAAAAUGGUCAAUACAAUGGUAGUGGUAGCGAUGGAUGUACCGUCACUGUUACUUCUGGUUCUGCCCAAUUUGUCUUCUUUUAGAUGAAGUAUACCCCUUGUCUCUUCUUUUAUCUGUAUUAUUGAUUGUUUCAAUCUGUUGAUUCUAUCUCUGCUAUUAUAUUCUAUUGUUAUUCUUUGAAUAUAUUUUAGAAUUAUAUAGAAGAGUGGUGGUUGGCGUGCUGCCAUACGGAAGCUUAUGCCACCUGGUUUAUUAUUGGGUUCUUUUUUAAACUCUAUGUUUGGUUUUUUGUUAGAUUAGAUAUACAUCUGUAUUUAUAUGUAUUUUUAUUGU